CAGCAGCCAAUCGCUUGCCUAGGCGCGCAGUUCCGGGAGAAUCCAAAGGCGCCAUCUCUGCAGAGCCAUGGCGGCUGCAGAGAACGGAGCUGAUGCUGCUCAAGAGGUCCUGACUGAGGUAGCAGUCAUUCUAGAACCUGUAGGCUUGCAGGAAGAAGCAGAGCUGCCGGCUCGGAUCCUGGAGGAGUUUGUGAAGAACUCGAGGAAGAAGGACAAGCUGCUUUGUAGCCAGCUGCAGGUAGUGGACUGCCUACAGAAUUUUCUGGCUCAGGAGGAUACUGCCCAGAGCUCAGACGCUUUGGUCUCUGAAGACAUGAGUCGACGCCAGGCAGCUGAAGCUAAAGAGAAAUGGAAGGAACUGAAGGCCACGUACCUGGGCCAUGUGGAAGCCAUAAAAUGUGCCCUGACCCAGGCCUUACCCCAGGUAGAAGAGGUCCAAAGGAAGUGCACAGAGCUCCAGGAGGCUUACGAGCAACUCGAGACUAAGAAGCAAGUCAUCGAGGAGAAACUGCAGACAGCUCAGAAGCAGUGGCUGCUGCACCAGAAACGUCUCCAGGAUCUGGUGAAGAUUUCUGCAGAGGUAAAGGAACAGCAGGCGAGAGCUCAGCAGAAGCUCGACCAGUCAAAUCAGGAACUGGAAACCUUGAAUCAGCAAGCAGGAGAGGAGCAGGAUAAGCUGCAGAGGACCCAGACCUACCUCCAGCUACUGCGCACCCUGCGGAAUAACCUGCUGGUACCCGAAGCGAAGGCUCAGGACAGGGAUGUCACAGGAAAUGCCCUUCCACCUGAAUCUCUCUAAAGGAACAAAGAAAAAUACUGGUUUGGCAUGGAGCACCGUAUCCACGGAGAAUCAGAAGUCUCGUGAUAAUGCUGUGGCUUGAGAAGUGAGAUGGUAUAAUGACGUCUUCAACAGCUAAGGAGUGUGGAUUGAAGGAAAUCUAGUUAAGAUUGACAGCUGGUUGCAAAGCCUGUUAGCUGAUCUUCAGGACAUACUGAAAUGCAGCAAACCUGAACUGCUGCUGAAGAACUUGGGACAAGACUCUGGCCUGGAAUGUUGACCCACUAUAUGGAGAUGGACUUCCUGGGAAACCUUAGGUUGUUGGGUACCUUCCUGGGAACAGGAAUCAAUCUUUCAUUAAAUCUCUCUCUCUCUCU